AUGGCGACGACGACACAAGGGCUACAGGCGCUGCCGGCAGACCUCUUCCAUCUCCUUUCCGCCGAGUUAUCCGAGCGAUUGGACUUCCCUACGUUGUAUAGCUGCAUUGUCGCCAGCAAGCAGCUUGCGAAUGCUGGUGCGAUCAAUGCGCUGUAUCGUAUCAGCCAUUAUGCCCCCGUCAAGGGAGGCGGAGAAGGUUUACCAUUAGCCGAACAAGAACUCACAGUCCAAAGAUGGUCGAUCCUCUGGAGGACGAUAACGCUGUCCGCUUUCGGCAGGACAAUCAAUCCAUACUGUCGGCAUUUGCGGUUCCUGGAUCUUCGUGACCUUGGCGAUUUACUCGACGAUGACAAGUUUCGAGGACAGAUCGCGAAGCAGUUCUUCAAGGGCGAGCUUGCGAAGUUUCACUUCGUGAUGCAAACGCCCAGCAAGUAUGGCCGCGCCAAUCGAUUAGAUACUAAGAAGAUCAUCAGCGCGAUUGGAAAUGAGAUCACGCAGCAAGCACCUCUUCUCGAAGCCUUAUCUGAGCCGACGAGUUCGAACAUCCUCUCGACCGCAUUACUAGACUGGGCUCCAAGGCUACCUCACUUGAAGUCUCUUGACUUGUGGGAUGGACGGGCGCUUGCUGAUGAAACGAUCCGCAACCUACUGCACGCUCACUGUCCCAAUCUGACGAACCUACGAAUCUACUAUUCCGCGAACGAGGAUGCCGACCACCAACUUGCUACCUUCAUCAGUGGGAUGCAAGAAAACACACUCAGCUCAUUCGAGAACAUCAGUGCAUGUCGCAUUGGUCCAGAGACUUGCUUGGCUUUGAGUAGUCAUGGCAAGAGCCUCCAGUCGCUCAAGCUUGGGCUGUCAGAUGAAGGCGUACAAGCUCUUGCCCUUCUUCAGGGAUGCACAGCUGUAGAGACUUUGGCGCUUGCCUCGUUCACUCCGUCUCCAGAUCUAAAGGCCACUCAUAACGACGUGUUCCUCGAAAUCGUGGAAUGGCUGAAGAAUUGUCGAUCGUUGGUAGACGUCAGCUUCACCAAUUUCGUCUCGGCGCCAGACCUACUUCUGCCAGUAUUGCUAAACAAAGACAUAUCGCUGCAAAAGCUGCAGGUCAAUGCUACAGAAGGAGCUAUGUACGUGGUCAAGGAUCACCACGACUUUCACCAGGCGUUGAGCCAACAGAAGCGGCUUCGAAGUCUUCUGCUUCGCGCGGAUCCAGACCCUGUUACACGAGACGAUCUUGAGACUCUCAUGGACGCAUUCUGCUCCCUGAAGGACCUUCGCGAAUUGAGACUCACACGUAUAUCCGACUACUUCAGCGAUGAGCAUAUCGGCCUCAUAGCUCAACAGCUUCCUAACCUCGAAGACCUAUACAUUGGUGGCUACGGGGUCUCUGAUGCAGUGUUCACUCACCUCACGAACCUGCAGAAUCUGAAGGUGAUCACUUUUAGCGGCGUGACUUCCUUCACGGAAAGUGGCAUAAUCGAUUUCGUGAGCCAGCUGGGAGAGGGCAACUACGGCUUGACGCUCUCAGUCGACAACGCAGACCCAGAAUCAGCGAUUUCGCCGGAGAGUCAAGACCUGAUUCGUGACGUGAUGGCAAAACAGCUGGACGGCAGAUUCGAAUAUCAGCUUCUUCGAGACCCCGAGAUGUUGGAGUUCGAUUCGGACGAUUCGGACUGA